UCCUCUUCUAAAAUGUCAUCCUUUUUUUAUUUUUUAUUUAUUUCUGUUAGUCUUUUGAUUAUUGCUAAUGCUGAUGAUGCUGGUAGUUAUCCUUCAGGGGAUGAUUUAGUUGAAGGUACUACUGAUGCUCGACUUCAUGCGUCCUCCGACCUACCAGACGAUGAUGAAGAAGAGUGUGAGUGCGAAGAUGACGACGAGACAACGGUCGCAACUCCCAUUUCUACACGUAGCAAUGGAUACCCUUCUAAUAACGGAGCCCCAACUAGCACUGGACGUCCUUCAAACAACGGAGGCUCAAACAAUGGAGGCUCAAACAAUGGAGGCCCAAGCUCUGUCACAGGCUCUGUUAUAUUGAGAGAGAAAUGGGGAAACGGUGCCAAUUGUAUUUUGGCAUUCAAAAAUAAUGGAAACGCUAGAGCAUGUGGUGUCAAGUUCGAGCUGACUCUUGGUGAUAAUCAAAGAAUCCAAAGCAUUUGGAACGUUGAGAAAGUCGGAGACAAUGUUUACCGAAUUCCGGACUACAUUCAACUUGGUCCAGGAGUCGAAAACAGGGAUAUAGGAGUUGUCUAUAAUGAUGUGCCAGAACCUCUUCCAACAAUCAAGGUUCUUGGACAAGAGGCGACAUGCAAACAGUACUAA